CUGAGAUGAGUUGAUGAAUGUAAAAUUGUUGGACUGAAGUCAAAAAUGGUCGUGAAAUUUUCUUUAUUUCACACGGUCCCUCGUCCAGAAGUCUCAUGUUUCCGGCAAGAUUUUUGCGUCGACGUUGGGUGUUGGCGGUGAUAUUCUUUUUUUCCUUGGGCUACUUUAUAAAUAGUACAUUUAAUCAGGCCGAUCCAAUUGGUGUGAUCAGUGACAGAUUUGAAGACCUCCCACACACAACCCUGCAGCUUCAACUGAGGUCACGUGUUGAGGUUAUUGACAAAAACAACUCGUCGUCCUGUCUUAAUUCAAAACAAGGACACACCUUAGUUGUUGACAAUAGAGGUUUUGUGUGUCCGAGGAAAGCCGUUCUGGUCAACAACUGCUGCGACCCUGAGUCAGAGUCUUCAGUGCUUUAUUCUUGCAGCUCCUGUCGAGACGACACUAACUGCUGUUCCAUUUAUGAGGACUGUGUGUCAUGCUGUAUGCACCCUGAGAAGGAGUCUUUACUACAAGGUGUUCUAGGGAAGGCCAGCAACACCUUGAAGCUGUUGUUAAAGGGUGUGAGGAAUCACUACGAGCUUUGCCUUGCCAAGUGCCGUACUUCCUCUGAGAGUGUACAACACGAAAACACAUACAGGGAUCCAAUUGCAAAACACUGCUACGGACAGAGCCCUCCUAAACUUCAGCCACCUGGAUAAACCUUGUGUGAUCACCUAUAUUUACCCAUUGGAACCCAUUGGAACCCAUUGGAAGAACCCACUGGAACCCACUGGAACACAGAGGCCGGGGAAGGUCAUUUGUUUUUGUAGCCCACUUUCUUCAAUCUGCUCUGGGCAAACUGGACAAAUCAAUACAGGAGAUGAGAACAUUCUACUUGGCUAGUGCUUUGGGAAAGGACAACACUGUAUGUCUGUAAUCGCCAAUUCUGCAAACUGUAAAUCGCCUGGCAUAAAUUACUUGAUAAAAGUAUUUUGUGCAUACCUGUACAGCUGAUGACGGAUGUUUCUCAGUUGCUGCUAACUAGCUGGUGAUAUACUGGUGGACUCUAUGUAAAUAAGGUCCGAGAACCAAGUUAAACUGAGCAUUGGAUCAUGUUUCUUUGCCGAUUUGGGAACGUAUUCAGUUUGAGAUAAAAAAAUAUUCUCAUGCGUUGAAUGAGAUGUGCAAUAUUCUGUGGAACUGCUACUUAAGAGCUUAAAAUUAUAUUUUGAAUUGAAAAACCUCCAAAACACUAAAACACAAAAUUUUUAAAAUUUAUAAAUCUUGUUAUUGU